AUGGUGCUACCGACCCUGACUCAGAUGGAGGAUGUGCUCCUCCGGCCUCCGGUUCCUGUGACCCACGCUGAGGUCGCUGCGGUCGUACGAGGUGGGCCAUUGCUGCAGAUCUACCUCCAGCGUUAUCGCAACCAGGUCAAUGUGACUUUUGCCCGUGGCGAGGACGCCGCCGCCUUCUUGGCCUACGCCCAGGCUACCCCAUUCUACGUCGCCGGCCGUCUUACUACAGUCGAGUGGGCGCUGCGCGCCUACGUGGCUCCCCACUACGUCUAUCUCCAGGUAGAUGCCGGUGAUGUGAGUCGCAACAUCAUCAUUGAAAAUGUCGACUCCAAGGUCACUGAGGCGGUCAUCCGCCGGGACCUUCACCACAUUCAUAACCUUGCCGUAAUCUCGGUGGUGUUUCAAAACAACAACGCGUACGUCUCGACCAGCUCUGUUGGUGGAGCCUUGUAUGCCCGCACCUGCAUGAAGUCCAGGGCGUUUUACAAGGAUAUGCGGAUUUCUUUCUACGAGGAUGAGUGCGCGCAGCCGCUGCCUCGAGUUCUUCCCACUGCAGCUGCCAGUAUUCCCUGGCAGGACCGGGGCCUAUUUUACAACCCAUUUGAGCUGCUUUCCCCGGACGACUUCCAGCUUGGGGAGAAUGCGGAAGAGGAGGACGAGGACAAGGACGAGGAAUGA